UGGCUUGUCAACCGAAACCACGCAAUAAAUUUCCCUUGUAAUAUUGGCGCUAAAUGUACUAUUUUUCCGAUGUUCUUAUCCAAAAGGUAUAGCCAUCGAUGCGCCGUACAAAGUUAAGUGUGAUACGUAACCAGUGUUACUGUGGAAAGAACUGAAAAUCGUUUUCCCACUGCCGUGACCCGCGAACUCUCGACAUGCCUCUGUUGAAAAGAAAAGCGUUUCAGAAAUCGACGGCGUCGGAGUACUUGCGGGACGACGAUGAGGUCUUCCACUGCGAGAUUACCGACGAGAUCUUCAAGGAUUAUGAGGAGUACUGUGAGAGAAUCAUAUUGGUCAACUCUAUGGUGUGGACAUGUGAGAUGACAGGGAAGAAUAACCUGACGUACGCGGAGGCUCUGGAGAGCGAGAAGGCGGCCAGAAAGUCCCUGAAGGACUUUCCUAUGGAGCUCAGGAUCCCGAUUCUGUACCUUGCAGCGAAGACUAAAAGGUCUUCGUUUGCUGAGAUGUCUGAAGACGUGUUUAACUAUGUGAGGGAGAGGUACUUUGUGGGGGAGACAGUGGAGGCCUGCCUGGAGGGUGACCUGUGGCGGGAGUCCCAUGUUCUGUCGGUGACGGCACAAAAACAGCAUCCUGGGAGCAAAACAAUGCUUUCGCCGUCCGCAUACGUGUACGAGGUAGAACAGUUCGAUGAGGAGGACUCAGCGGGCGGGCAAGUGGGGACCGCGUCGCACGACCGCGUGCGUCGGCGCAAGGGCGUCUACACGCGCGACAAGAGCCGCCUGUUCCUCAAGCAGUUCGUCGAGCAUGCUGGCGGCGGCAUUAUUACUAUCAAGAAAUCAGCAUUGGACAAGUACAACAUUCACAAGACAAAUUUCGAUCAGUUGUUCACUGGCGACCCUCCAGAGUUCGCGUCCUCUAAGAAGUUAUUGAAGACCUCCCCCCCAUCGGCCAAGAAGGCGGCCAAGCCGGGGUCGGCCACCAAGUCCGCCAAGAAACCAAGCCCGGACAAGAGGAAGCAGGAAUCCAUGGACAAGUUCGUUAAGAAGACUGAUAAGUCAGAACCAAAGCCAAAAGCCCCCGCGGACCCAGCAGCCAGAAAGAGUGCGCAGGAGUUGGCGGAGAAGAUGCGGCGCGCAGAAGACCAGAUGCGCCAGCGCAAGGAGGAAGAGAAGGCGAAGAAGAAGGAGAAGCACGCGCGACUGCAGGCGUACCUCAAGGAGUGGCAGAAGGUCAAAGAUGACCUCGAACUUGAAGACCAUAAGGUAUUACCAAAAGGCACCCCUAUCGAGAUGGAAGACAUUCCACACAAGCACUUCGGCGACUUCCUAUCAGUCUUAGAAUUCGUCUACGUGUACGCUGAUAUCUUGAAGACAAAGGACACAUUCCACAAUGAACUGGAUAUCGAAACCUUCAGGAAAGCUUUGACCUUGAAGGAGUAUUCUGGUGUGUUCAGCGACCUCAUACAGAUGUUCCUGACAACUAUAUUCUCUCUCCAAGAAGACGAAGCCGAGGAUUACAAUGAGAAAGGAGGCAUUCAGGAGUCUACCGGUGAGCCACAAAUGGACACAGAGCUGGGUAUGACCCAAGCAGUGGAACUGGCGACCAAGGCCAGCAAAUGGCCGCAGACAUACCUCGGCACGCCGCUCAGCAAACUGCCUCUCGACCCCACCACAGUCACAGAAGUACUCAGGCUGCACCUGCUGUCGUCAGGCUCGGCGGCGGGCGGGCGCUGCGUGACGUGGCGCUACCAGCAGCGCGGCGGGUACUCCAGCACCGACGACGCCGGCCUGCGCCUGCGCAUCACCAACCCCGCGCUGCUGCGCCGCCUGCAGGGACAGCACGUGGCCGACCUGCAGCUCGAUGACAAGUUCCAGAUCCUGCAAUGCCUGAUGAACCAAGUGCUGAGCUACGCGACGGUGCGUGACGUCAUCGAGGAGAAGCUGGAGGAGCUCAAGAACACCAAACAGUCGCUGAGGAUGCUGCAGAUAAACGAACGCAAACGCGAAGCCCAAGUAACGGUCACCCGACAAGAGAUAAAGAAGGAGUUCGCAGCCAAGAAGGAGGAGUUGAAGCUGACGGGGGAGAAGGCGAAACAACACGAGGAACAAAUGAAGGCGGCGCUGGAGAAGAUUAACAAAGAGAGUGAGGAGAAGAAACAGGAGUUUGAGAAGAAGUUGAAGGAGUUACAGGUGCAGGUGUUCGACUACGCCUCGUAUGUCGGCACGGACCGCGCGUACCGCCGCUACUGGCUGCACCAGCGCAUCGGCGGGCUGUUCGUGGAGGCGGGCGACGAGCCGCGCGGCCCGUGCCGCGACAAGCCCGUGCCGCCCGCGCCGCACGCCCGCGGGGACACGCUGGCCUACGUCACCGAGCUGUUCGAGAACGAGAAGGAGCGAGGUAGCGACAAGGAGAACGACUCCGGCGCCAACUCGCGCGGCAACUCCCCCAAGAAGCCUCUUGCGCACCUCAACGGGCUCGCGCACAAACUGAACGGGCUCGAGGCUAACACCAAGCAGUACCAGGACCUGCUCGUCUGUACCGGGGACAUCUCCACCUGCUUUGUGCACGGGAAGGGCGAGUUCAGACCCCGCUGGUGGGUCUACCACACGGAGGAGCAGAUAGAUGCGUUGAUCCAGUCGUUGAAUAAGCGCGGCCUGCGGGAGAGCGAGCUGCGGCAGACGCUCGAGAUGGACAAGGCCAACAUCGUGCAGUACGUCACGCAGUGCCCGCUGCACCUGCUCAACCCCAACGUGGCACAGCCGCCUCCCGUCCACCACCUGACCCGGCAGCGCAAGUUCCAGCCGUCCAUAGUGGUCCCGCCCGACUGCUCGCUGUCUGAGGCCCUCGAGCUCUCCCUGCGAGACCACAUCCUGGAGCUGGAAGAGAAGAUCUUCCACGGCUGCCUGGGAGCGUUGAAAGUUAAGGACCGCGAGGCGUGGCGAGGCACGAUAAUGUUACGAGGCUAUGACAAGCAAGCCGACUACCUCACGUGGGGGCCGCAACAGCAAUACCGGGACGACUACCAUCUGCCCAAUGGAGUGCUCAAGCUGCCCAAUGGUGCGCAGCAGGGCGAGUCCAUCGUGGCCAACAAGUACCGCGACCCGGGCCACUACCUGCCGGGCGCCGGCGCCGCGCCGCCCGCCGUGCGCGGCCUGGCCUCCGCGCUGCUGCAGCUGGAGCAGGGCAUACACCACAAGUACCUCAAGAGGCCGCUCGGUCUAGAUGAGAAGGAGCGCAAAGACCGCGAGGCGAAAAACAAAUCUUUGGACCUGGAUGCUCUCGAGCGCUGGGAGGUAUCUCUCAUGGAAUGCAGCAGUUUCUCCGGCGUAGUGUUACAUCUGUUUACCCUGGACUCCUCCAUCACGUGGUCGGCUUCGAUCCUCAACGCCAGCUGCCGCGUGUGCCGCCGGAAGACCGACCCAGACAACAUGCUGCUCUGCGACGGAUGUAACAAGGGACACCACCUCUACUGCCUCAAACCUAAGCUCACUAAAGUACCACCGGGCGACUGGUUCUGCGAGCAAUGCAAGCCGCGGGAGAAGACACCGCGGAAGAAGAGGAAACUGUUCUCAGACGAUGACAUCGAGGAGGCACUUAACAGCGACGAGGAGUCCCUGAGCGCGGGCGUGUGCGGCGCGUGCGGCAGCGGCGGGCGGCUGGCGGCCGCGUGCGCCGCGUGCCGCGCGCGCUUCCACGCCGAGUGCGCCGCGCCGCGCCCCGCAAGGGCCGCGCGCCGCUGGCUCUGCGCCGCCUGCCUCGCGCCCACCAGAGAUCACGUGAUGCGGCGGUGCGCGGCCACCGCCAUCACCAACAUCCACCAGUACACGCGCGCGCUCGACAGCCGUCGGAACAGCAGCGAUUCGGACGACAGUGACAGUGCGCCGCUGGUCCAGCUCAAGACCAGGAAGUCCCACAGCAAGGAAACAUCACCAGUCCAGAACGGACAUGCGAAACGAGGACGGAAAUCAAAAGAUGAACUAAGCAGAAGUCAGAGAAAAUCAAAAAAUUCGCUCCCCAACGGUGUUCACGAGGAAAAAGUCAAGAAGCGCAGCAGUAGGCUGGACACACUACACACGGAAGCCCUGGACCAGCUGCUAAAGGAGAUCAUGAAGCAUAAAGACAGCUGGCCGUUCUACGAGCCCGUGUCCAUAGAGGACGUUCCCGACUACCUAGACGUGAUCGAUCAGCCCAUGGACCUGACGACGAUGCGAGCCAAGCUGGAGGAGCACCAAUACACCACAGACGAGGAGGUCAUAGCUGAUGCGGCACUGAUGCUGUCCAACUGCUUCACUUACAACAAGGACACGCAUCCUGUCGCCAAGGCGGGCGUGCGGCUCGAGCGCUACAUCAGGAAGCGUUGCGCGGAGCUGGAGCUCCCGGAGUUCCCGGAGGUGACCCUGGAGGGCGAGGCGGAGGCGGAGCCCGGCAAGCGCCGCGUGUCUGAGCACUCGGACGCGCCGCGGGCCAAGAAGCCCAAGCUCAAGUGAUGUGGGGCACCCACACGGUUCAAAGACUACGUGUGCUAUUGACAGUGAUCCUUCGUAUAUUGGUAAGGUGCACCAUUGCCAACGUCAAAUCAACCAUUAUAGAAGACGAAACGUGGUGGCUUGCUUCUCAAACGGGAAGCGCCGGUUCAAACUCCGAUACCGGAUUUGCACCAAUGAGUUAUAAAUUUAUCUUCAGUGCAGUUUUCACUAACACUGUUGUCUCAAUCAUUAUCUGGGUGAAUAUCAAAAUUUCAAGUUUGGUGGCGAAAUUUCAUAUUAUUGUUUCGUGAAAAAUUGGAACCGUUCUACACGCCCUAUCUAUGGAGUAAUAGCGAUUACUCCACCGACAAGAGCGCAGCUCUUAAAUAAAGAGAGAGAGAGAGAGAAAUUGGGUUCCGACAUGAAAAAGAUCCAAAAGGAUCCUCGGUUCCCAACCCAAUUUUUCACGAAAAAAAUAUAUGACAGUUCGCCACCAAACUUGGCACAUUUUGAUAUUCACCCUUAUACGGCUCAACAAUGUUGGUCUAACAGAAACCUCGGUGAGGUUAGGAUAGUUAGUUCGUCUUGCAAUGUACCUCUGAUCUAUCCCAAUUGGGAUAUAGUUAGCUUACGUUAUGUCAAAUCGAGGCGUUAUAACAGUUUCGUACAUAACCGCGCGCCGCGUUUUCAUAUCUCAGUUAGUCAAAUCAGAUACUUUUUACUAAACGUCAAAACACGGAAAUUACUAUGGAAUUUGAAUGAAAAAGCAACCUGUGACGUCAUAGAAAAACGUGACAAAAUGCGCACUUAUUAUUACGUUUUUCUUUAUUAAUAUUCAUAAAUAAGUUAAAUAGACAAAAGAAAACGUUUUUAUCACAAAUCUGUCUUUAUUUAGUAAUCAGAAUCCUAUCCAAUUAGAUUAAACAAUACAAGACUUUAGGACUUUUUCGAAUAACUUAAAGUCAAUUCUGAAUUUCUGAUUUUUAAAUAAAACAGAUCUAAAGGUGACAAAAAACGUUUUCUAUUUAACUUAUUUAUGAUUUUUUAAUAAAGAAAAACGGAAUAAUAACUGCGACAAUUUGGUACGUUUUUCUAUGACGUCACAGGUUGCUUUUUCAUACAAAUUCCAUA